UAGUUUAAAUCCGAACGCCGGGUAGAUUGUAGCGUUUGACAUGAUUUCUGAAAAAAGCUGUGCUUGUAAUUUGAGCGUUUGAGCUGACGUGGCUAGAGUUACGUGGAAACUUAUGGUUGGAAUUAUUUGUGCUGGCUGACUGCGUGAAAUGUGGUAGCAAUUAAUUAAUGUGAAGGCUGCAAUGAUAUGACGUUGCUUGUGGGCGCGAGAUUAUUUGUAGAACACUAGACAAUUUAGUGCUCAACCUUUCUCAUAUUUUUAUAGAGCCCAUUAGUGCAGUACUAGUAAUACGAAUCAGAAUAUUUCAGUAAUUUACCCGCCGAAAUGUUUCUUCUGCUUGUUACGUCCAUAAUUUGCUUGCUGUUCAACUGUGCUGCUUCCGCAAUUCCCAAGACGGAUCAUUAUCCUAAAGAUGAGCACAAUAAGCAAUAUGACCACGAGGCAUUUCUUGGAGAAGAUGCAAAAACAUUUGACCAGUUAGAACCGGAAGAAAGUAGACGGCGAUUGGGAAUAAUCGUGGAUAAAAUUGACACAGAUAAAGACAGCUUUGUUAAUUUGGCUGAACUGAAAGCGUGGGUCCAAUAUACUCAGCGACGUUAUAUAGACGAUGAUGUGGGCCGUCAAUGGAAGCAGCACAGCACGAAUGGUUCCGAAUAUAUCCACUGGGACACCUACCGGAAAAAUGUAUACGGUUUUCUGGAUGAUAUGGACUCAAAGGAACUGGAACAGGGUGAUGAACAUUUUUCGUACAAAUCUAUGCUAGCUCGAGAUCGACGUCGAUGGAGUGUUGCUGAUCGCGACGCUGAUGAUCAGCUUAAUAGAACUGAAUUCACCGAAUUCCUACAUCCGGAGGAAAGCCCCUAUAUGAGGGACAUUGUGGUACAGGAAACUAUCGAGGAUAUAGAUAAGGACCACGAUGGAAAGGUAUCAGUAGAGGAAUACAUUGGUGAUAUGUAUCGCGGUGCGGAAGAUAAUGAAGAAGAGCCAGAGUGGAUUAAACAAGAGCGAGAAACAUUCGAACAGUUUCGAGAUCGAAAUAAGGAUGGAUUCAUGGAUCACCAGGAGGUGAAAGAUUGGAUUGUGCCUGCCGAUUUUGACCAUGCAGAAGCAGAAGCUCAUCAUCUGAUCUACGAGGCUGAUUCGGAUGCAGAUGAAAAACUUACCAAAGAGGAAAUAAUUAACAAGUACGAUUUGUUUGUGGGAUCGCAAGCAACAGACUUUGGGGAGGCUUUAACCCGCCAUGAUGAGUUUUAGGUGUAAUUUAUUUUGAACUGACGUUAUGCUCGAAAUUCUUUUAACUUACCCAACGUAUGCUUUCUGCAAAAAUAAAAAAAAGAAAUACUCUGAAGCAAUUUAAUUUAAAAUGGAAUUCGCUAUUGUUUAUUAAAGGAGCAACACAACCUUAUUUUCUAGACUAGACUAUUAUUUCAUGAACCGUUUUAUGGAUCAGUAUUGCAUUUAAUAAAAAGUAAAAUAUUUUAACACCA